AGUAUAGUAUAGUCUUAUAGUAAGUCUAGAUCAUUAAAAGAGGUAUUUCAUUCAAUCAGUGUAGAAGCUGUUUACGCUUAGAAAUAUUCUCUGAAGAUGAAGUAUUCUUUGGCAGUUCUUGUCGUAUUGGCAGGAAUAAUUGCCCAUCGAGGUUAUUCAUCACCGCUGGAUGUAACGUUACAAUCAAUGGAUACCUCACAUGACAAAACGUCUAUCUACAAGGAAUUUCCGGAUUUUGAAGACAACAUAUUUAAAAAACUGCAGCCUGAAGCAGAAUUGAAAUUUCCGUUCUUGUGGAAAUGGAAGAAAAUACAAAAAAUUAUAAAAUACCUUUCCGAUAGAUUUAGACGAACCACUAGACCACCUACAACUACAACUGCCAAGACCAUACCGACGAAGAAACCUGAUAAGGCUCCUCCGAUAAAUAGUAAUGAAAUGUCGAAUAAUAAUGAAAUGCCGGAUAAUAAUGAAAUAUCGAAUAAUCAUCCAAUGCUGAAGACUAAUGCUUAUUUUCUAAAGAAAUUUUUGGAUUUCGAGAAAAACAUCUUCGGAUUCUCUCAUCCUAACAGCCAAUUAAAAUUUCCAUUUUUGUGGGCCAAGUGGGAAAAAUUAAAAGAAAUAAUCAAAUACCUUUAUAAUAUACUUAUACCUACUCGUUCCAGUCCAUCAACUACAAAAGCAACAACUGCUAUGACCACAUCAGCUACGGAAGCUCCAUCGAAUAAAACUAAUAUGAAUAUGCCGGAAAAAAUGUACCAAUUGAUGUAUGACUCACAUAAAAACACUCCUUUUUUAAAGACAUUUUUGGGUUUUAAGAAAAAUCUGUUGAAAGACUUCAAAACUGAAGUUAAAUUGAGACACCCCGAAUUACUAGAGAAGUUUAAGGAAUUAUUAGACGUAUUAAUUACAAUUUGCAAUAAGCUUAAAUCAACCCAUCCUCCAUUAUCAACUACAACCGCAAAAACAUUCCCAACCAGAAAGGAAACAACACACUCUCCAAGAACAACGCAAACUACAAAGGUUACAACAGAAUCUACAGAACUUACCACCAAUCCACCUUAUAAUUCCACUAUGACGCAGACAGUACCACCUGAAGUUGAGACUACCACAUUAGCUACCACAAUAACAUCUACUUCAAAGGUACCAACAGAAUCUACACAAAUUACCACAAAAUUAACAAGUAGUUCCACUGUCUCUGAGGCAAGCACAAAUAAAGCUGAUACAUCGACGUUACCUAGCAGAACAACAGAAAUGACAAAGACUACAAAGAAACCAACAAAAGUUACCACAAACACACCAAAUAGUUCAUCUGCUACUAAAGGAAGCACAACUAAAGUUGAGACUACCACCUUACGUUAUAAUACAACAGAACCAACAAAAGCUACUUCACCGGUACCAGAAGAAUUUACAGAAGUUACUAUCAACUCACCAAGAAGUUCCACUACUAGUGAAACAAGUACAACUAAAAUUGAGACUACCAGCUUACGUUAUUAUACAACAGAACCAAUAACACGUGCUUCAAAGGUACCAACAGAAUCGACAGAGGUUACUACAAAGUCACCAAGUAGUUAUACCGCUACUCAGACAAGUACAACUGAAGCAUAUACCACCACAUUACCUAGUAAAACAACAGAAAUUACAAAACCUACAACAAAACCUACAGAAGUUACUACAAACUCACCAAGUAGUUUCACUACUACUGAGACAAGUACAACUAAAGUUGAGACUACUACCUUGCCUUAUAAAACAACAAAAUCAACAACAGGUGCUUCAAAGGUACCAACAGAAACUACAGAAAUUACUACAAAGUCACCAAGUAAUGUCACUGCUACACAGACAAGUACAACUGAAGCCCAUGCCACCACAUUACCUACUAAAACAACAGAAAUUACAGACGCUACAACGAAACCUACAAAAGUUACCACAAACUCACCAACUAGUUCCACUGCUACUGAGACAAGUACAACUAAAGUUGAAACUACUACCUUACCUUAUAAAGCAACAGAACCAACAACAGGUACUUCAAAGGUACCAACAAAAUCUACAGAAGUUACUGCAAAGUCACCAAGUAAUGCCACCGCUACUCAGACAAGUUUAACUGAAAACGAUACCACCACAUUACCUAGUAAAACAACAGAAAUUGCAAAGACUACAACGAAACCUACAGAAGUUACCACAAACUCACCAAGUAGUUCCACUGCUACUGAGACAAGUACAACUAAAGUUGAGACUACUACCUUGCCUUAUGAAACGACAGAGCCAACAACAGAUACUUCAACGAUACCAGUGGAAUCUACAGAAGUUACUACGAACCCACCAAAUAAUUCCACUGCUAGUGAGAUCAGUACAACUAAAGUUGAGAAUACUACCUUUCCUUAUAAAACAACAGAACCAACAACACGUACUUCAAAGGUACCAACAGAAUCUACAGAAGUUACUACAAAGUCACCAAGUAAUGCCACUGCUACUCAGGCAAGUACAACUGAAGCCGAUACCACCAGAGUGCCUAGUAAAACAACAGAGUUUUCAAAGGCUACAACGAAACCAACAGAAGUUACCACAAACUCACCAAGUAGUUCCACUGCUACUCAGACAAGUACAACUGAAGCCGAUACCACUACAUUACCUAGUAAAACAACAGAAAUUACAAAGCCUACGACGAAACCUACAGAAGUUACUACAAACUCACCAAGUAGUUCCACUGCUACUCACACAAGUACAACGGAAGCCGAUACCACCACAUUACCUAGUAAACCAACAGAAAUUACAAAGCCUACUACGAAACCUACAGAAGCUACUACAAAUUCACCAAGUAGCUCCACUGCUACUCAGACAAGUACCACUGAAGCCGAUACAACCACUUUAUCUAGUAAAAUAACAGAAAUUACAAAGGUUACAACGAAACAAACAGACUUUUCCACAAUCUCACCAAAUAGUUCCACUGCUAGUAAAGGAAGCACAACUGAAGUUGAGACUACUACAUUAAGUUCUAAUACAACAGAAACAAUAGUAGCUACUUCACCGGUACCAGUAGAAUCUACAGAAGUUACCACAAUCUCACCAAGUAGUUCCACUGCUACUCAGACAAGUACAACUGAAGCUGAUACCACCACAUUACCUAGCAAACCAACAGAAAUUACAAAGAUUACGACGAAACCUACAGAAGCUACUACAAACUUACCAAGUAGUUCCACUGCUACUCAGACAAGUACAACUGAAGCCGAUACCACCACAUUACCUAGUAAACCAACAGAAAUUACAAAGCCUACGACGAAACCUACAGAAGCUACUACAAAUUCACCAAAUAGUUCCACUGCGAGUAAAAGAAGCACAACUGAAGUUGAGACUACUACAUUAAGUUAUAAUACAACAGAACCUACAAUAGCUACUUCACCGGUACCAGUAGAAUCUACAGAAGUUACCACAAACUCACCAAGUAGUUCCACUGCUACUCAGACAAGUACAACUGAAGCCGAUACCACCAUGUUACCUAGUAAAACAACAGAAAUUACAAAGCCUACAACGAAACCUACAGAAGUUUCUACAAAGUCACCAAGUAGUUCCGCUGCUACUGAGACAAGUACAACUAGAAUUGAAACCACCACAUUGCGUAAAGAAACAACAGAACCAACAACACGUACUUCAAAGGUACCAACAGAAUCUACAGAAGUUACUACAAACUCACCAAGUACUUCCACUGCUACUCAGACAAGUACAACUGAAGCCGAUACCACCACAUUACCUAGUAAACCAACAGAAAUUACAAAGCCUACGACGAAACCUACAGAAGCUACUACAAAUUCACCAAAUAGUUCCACUGCGAGUAAAAGAAGCACAACUGAAGUUGAGACUACUACAUUAAGUUAUAAUACAACAGAACCUACAAUAGCUACUUCACCGCUACCAGUAGAAUCUACAGAAGUUACCACAAACUCACCAAGUAGUUCCACUGCUACUCAGACAAGUACAACUGAAGCCGAUACCACCACAUUACCUAGUAAACCAACAGAAAUUACAAAGCCUACGACGAAACCUACAGAAGCUACUACAAAUUCACCAAAUAGUUCCACUGCGAGUAAAAGAAGCACAACUGAAGUUGAGACUACUACAUUAAGUUAUAAUACAACAGAACCUACAAUAGCUACUUCAUCGGUACCAGUAGAAUCUACAGAAGUUACCACAAACUCACCAAGUCGUUCCACUGCUACUCAGACAAGUACAACUGAAGCCGAUACCACCACGUUACCUAGUAAAACAACAGAAAUUACAAACCCUACAACGAAACCUACAGAAGUUUCUACAAAGUCACCAAGUAGUUCCGCUGCUACUGAGACAAGUACAACUAGAAUUGAAACCACCACAUUGCGUAAAGAAACAACAGAACCAACAACACGUACUUCAAAGGUACCAACAGAAUCUACAGAAGUUACUACAAACUCACCAAGUACUUCCACUGCUACUCAGACAAGUGAAGCUGAUACCACCACAUUACCUAGUAAAACAACAGAAAUUACAAAGGCUACAACGAAACCAACAGACGUUACCACAAACUCACCAAAUAGUUCCAGUGGUAGUAAAGGAAGCACAACUGAAGUUGAGACUACUACAUUAAGUUAUAAUACAACAGAAACAAUAGUAGCUACUUCACCGGUACCAGUAGAAUCUACAGAAGUUACCACAAACUCACCGAGUAGUUCCACUGCUACUGAGACAAGUCCAACUGAAGCCGAUACCACCACAUUACCUAGUAAAACAACAAAAAUUACAAAGCCUACAACGAAACCUACAGAAGUUACUACAAACUCACCAAGUAGUUCCACUGUUAUUCAGACAAGUACACCAGAAGCCGAUAAUGAUGAAGUUAAGACUACUACGUUACGUUAUACAACAAAACCAACAAUAGCUACUUCACCGUUACCAGUAGCAUCUACAGAAGUUACCACAAACUUACCAACUACAGGAUCGCCCAAUGAUUGUGUAAACAUAAUUAUUGAAGGGAUUAAGUGUUUCUUGAAGUUGCUAUGUAAAAUUAUUAACUUUGUUCUAAAUCGAUUAUUUCCACCGCUAAAGUUGCUUUCUACAGUUAAGUACAGUUCUUUUUAGGUUUAAUAUAGACAAUCAAAUUAGUGUCACAUCUGAUGCAAGUUUUUGUAACGUUUUAAGUCAAAACAAACCGAAAGUCUUAUGAUGUCUUAUGAUGCCAUGAGUCCCAUGGCAGUUCAUCUCAGAUUCUCGUCAUCCAUUUAAUAUUGUAUGCCUGGAUCCCGCGUACCAAAAAAAAGUUGAUUAGUAGCAAGCUGAAAAUUUGUUAAUAGCUUAACAGUGUCUGGUGGGACAAACUUUGAUGUAUAAGAUCACAGGAACAGGGGAAGUUUUAAUUGUGGAACAGGUUAAAAAUUUGAAACGUCAGACUACGAAAACGUCUCAUGUAUUUUGUCGGACAGAACUGCCAAUUGAUUUUUUCAUUUUUUUUUAUUAAACUCUCAUGCAAAAAUCAGACUGGUAUUUAUCAUUAACUGGACAUUUUAAUAAGUCCGACACGUAGAAGAUGUCAAAUGACAGGAAUUAUAACAGGUGAUAAAUAGCAGUCUGAUUUUUACAUGAGACUUUAAUGAAAGGUAACGAAUCGAUUUGCAGUUCGGUUCGACAAAAUACAUGGGACGUUUUGGUAGUCUGAUGUUCCAAAUUUUUAACCUGUUCCACAAUUAAAACUUCCCCUGUUCCAGUGUUUCCGUACAUCAAAGUUUGUCUGACUAGACACCGUCAAGUUAACUUUUUUUUGGUACACGGGAUCCAGGCCUAGAUUGCUUUAAUUGAACUUUAUGUGAAAAUUAGGCUCAGGGAUAGCUGAUAGGUAUCUCGAAAAUGUCAAAAAAAUUUAAAAACGUUAACAUAGGAAAUCGUUCAUUUUUAUUUAAAAAAAAUUGUUGCUUUGUUGGAAUAUCGUUUCAAAUAAAUGUGCAACAGGAUUUGGUAUAAACUGUUUUGGGAAUAACGGUACUUUUUACGUCGUUUUUUAGGAUUCAUUUUUUUUAUAACAAUCCAAUAAAAAUGUUUAAAAAAAUCAAUAAAAUUAUUUG